UGUUUCUGUAGCAGUGUUUCUACACGGAAUAUGGUAAUGUAGUACAACAGCAAACUGAUCAUCAGACGUAAACGUUAUACAGUGUAAACAUCAUAAAUCAUAAUGUCGAGAUUUGUAGACGGGCUGCAAAAUGUCGAGGGAAGCGUACGAUGAAAUAUCCGUUUUAUCCGCCAUAUACUGCGAACAGGACGAAUUCGAGUUGCUAGAAGAGUCACCUGAGAGGGGACUGGUCUACCGAGUACACACACUGAUUGAAAGAAACAAUGAGAAGACACCGCUUGACCUUACGUUCCACGUCUGUCCUGACUACCCUCAGGACCCUCCGGAUGUCAGCAUCUCUUCCACCCGCUUAUCAAGAAAACAGUGUCACGACCUGAGGCUGCAUUUAAUGGAAACGGCACGAUCACUUCCACCAGAGCCCAUGGUCCACGACUUAAUACUGUGGCUUCAGGAAAACUUCUCAGACUUGAUCGAAACGUCAAGCUGUGAUUCAGCGGAGAACGGAUCAGCAUCCACAGAAGAAACCUGGACCGCUCUACUGCACUUAGAUCACAUGAGGUCCAAAGCAAAAUACAUCAAACUGAUCGAAAAAUGGACUUCAGAGCUGUGCCUCACUGGGAGACUCUUUACGGGGAAGCCGAUAUUGGUUCUUCUGCAAGGAAGAAAGGAAAAUAUUAAAGAAUACAUCCACUUUCAGAAGACGGUUAAAGUCGAUGUCGAUUCUUCAGGGAAACGCUGUAAGGAAAAGAUGAUGAGUGUCCUGUGCGAGAUUCCACAGCCGGAGAAAGUAGCGUUGUCUACAUUUGAAGUAAAAGAUAUUUUUUCACGCGAUGACCUCGAAAGGGAGUUUGAUCUCAUUGGACUGACUGAGCUUUACAAGCGGUUUGUGUGCUCUCUGGUCUGACGUCACACACACUCUCUCCACUGGGUGGAGCCGGACUCUAUUACUAUCCACAGCUCUUUGAUGCAAUCCCGGCAUAAAGGUGGUAUAUUCUCAGCUGUUACAUAUGACGACAUGUCUCCUCAUGGAGCUGAACUGGCGUAAAUGCUCACAACAAUAUAAAAUGUGUGGCAAAACUGGUUGUCAUCGCUGAGGUGUGCGACAAAAUCUCAACAACCCAUUUUAAUGGUGCAAAGGAAAUAAUUCAAUAUUAUUAUUAUUUACCUGUUUUAUAUGAAGAGUUCUCCCAAAAAUUAAAACUGAUGAACAGGUGAAUGAUGAGCUGAAAAACAUCACAAGAAUCCGCUCAAUCAGUUAACAUCUUAUGAAGUGGAAAGCUGUGUGUUUAUCUUUUUUAAACUCUUGCUUCUGUCUAAAAUGCCAAAACGGACAAAAAGUCAAUUUCUACCGGAGGAAACGUUAUUAUUAUGGAUUACAGAGAGCUAUUUUGCACAGAACAAGGACUUUACAGUUAAAAUGGAUAUGCGUUUAAAUUGUCAUUCCGACGGCACCCAUUCACUUUCAGAAGGUUUUGAGCAACUGAUAUAAUGCCACAUUUCUCCAAAUCUGCUCGGGUGAAGCAAAAAACUCUUCUACGUCUCGAAUCGUACAUCUCGUUUUCAUUUCUGGGCGAACUAUUCCUUUAGGGUGGCAUUAGUGCUAAUUUUAUGUUGCGUUAUUAACUUUUUUUGCCCAAAUUGACUGAAAUGAUAUGCAUGAUAUUUAAUAUGUAUAAAUUUAAUGACAGCAGCAUUCAACCUGUUGAUGACGAGAAGAUCCAAAGUUUAGCAGUAGAUCCUUUGACCAUCUGCACAAAGAGUCCCAUUAUUUAUACAGCGUCUCGAAUUUACGGACUUGAUUAGUGAAUUAAGUUUCUCAUGUGUGGAAUCUUUUGACUCCAAAGUAAGAGUGGUAGCAGAUACGUCCCCAGUCAUGCAGCUUUGAAUUGCAAUGUCGGAGUUAAAGCUCUAGAGGGCAAAAACAAGCCGCAGUCACCGCUUCAGUUUAUUUAAGGCGAAAUCAAUUAUCUCACCAGCUUCUCGCCGUAAGAACAAACACUAACUACAAAGUUUUCUUCUUAAUGCUAAGAACAGAACUCGGUGUGUUUCUUUAAUACAAUUAAGACAAAGUAAAUCUUUGGCGUGAGGAUGCUCUUUAAAUUAAACUUGUAAAUUGAAUUUGGCACACUCGCUGACCUUAAAGACAGCUUCAAACAAAUUAAGACUCAUCUUUUAAUUUAUGGUUACUUUUCUGCAGGUUAAUAAGCGAUGCGUUUUAUAAGAGAGUGGUUAUUCAACAUCAACUUUAAUUAGGCGAAAGGUACGAAGCUGUUCUGUUUUUAGCUCUGUUUUUCAUACACCCACACGCAAGCGUUCUAUAGCUGGCUGUCAUCUUAUGUUUAUCUUAUACACAUUGAGCAGACAGCUGUUGCCUAGGAGGGUCCAGAAGCAAUUGACAUGAAAUUACUUUUUUUAAACAUAAUUAACAAGGCUUAAUGAAAAUCACCUCCUCGCCCUUUACAAUGAUCCACUCUGAACUAUAAAUUCACCUUGCCUGACCUUUUCCCUGACAUGUUCUUACAAAACAACACUGCUUGUUAAAUGUCAUCCACUCAGUGGCAUUUACUUGUAUAAAACAGGGCUUUGAUCCGGAGGAGAAGCACACUUUCCUACCUUUCCUAGUCCAGGAGGCCACGCUCGGCGACCCCACGCACCUGUUACCUGUUGAAUAUUUUAAUUACGGCCCAUUAAAAUGUACAAAGGUUAGGUUAAACUUAAAAUUUAUUGGCCAAAUGACAUUUUAAUUUGGCAAAUUAACGCUACAUCUAUGACUUUUGUUCUUUGCUUUUUUUUUUUUUUCUCGAUCUCGCUAUAAGCGGCGAUUUGGAAUUCUGUCCGACCGCCGAAGACCGGUUAAAUCAAUGCAGGGGCACGAAUGAGUCGAAGCGAUGCGGCCCUCCGUGUCCAACUUUACCCCGGGUCCAUGCAGUAUGAACUCUGUCACAAGCAGGCCCUCGACAGCCGGAUCUCGUGUCGCACAAACCUCAGUCUGGAGGAUCACGCUACUUUAAUUUCAAAAUAAAUAGAAAAGGGUCAAUCCUGCUGUGCACUGCAUUUUCAUACGGCACACGCCUUAAUAUUGGAUAAUGCAUUAACAUUUUUAAAGAAAGGGAAAUCGUAUUACUUUUCAUUUAAAUUUAAUAUAAGUAAUUAAAUCAUAAAUCAUUUGGAGUGGUUGUUAUUAUUUUAUUUGAAUCAUUUAAUUUCACUAAUUGUGACUGAUAUUAUUUGCUUAUUUAUCUACCAUGUUGUCAAGUGCUAUAAAACUUUUAAUACACACACACACACACACACACACACACACACACAUAUAUAUAUUUGUUACAAAAAGUUAUAUUAAACAAAGAAGCUGUAAAGGGAAACUGAUGACAUUUAUGAUCUCAGUUGGUUUUUCUCACUUUUUCACACAGCAGAAAUGUAAAUGUACACCGUGUGAUAUAAGCAAAGGAGGUUUGUUUCCACCCUGUUAAGUUCUAUAGUACUUUUCUUGCAAUUUUGUACAUUUUUAAGUUAUAAUAAAUAAUUUAAAGUGCCUGGGCAUAUCUGUUACCCUUUUAUAGCCUAUUUCCUUAAAUAACAUACAUUUUGUAAGUAAAAGAGUUGAACCGGGAAUGACCCAUAACUUGUAAAGUACACAUUACAAAAGACAAAUAAAUGGAUGAGGCUUAAUAAAAUUCUCUCGUGGAUAAUCA